AUGGAAAAAUGGAAAGAUUUCUCACUCUCGAAGGAAGAAGAAGAAGGAGUGGUAGUGGGUGAGGGUGAACUUUUUGAAGACGAAUCGCUUCAGAGAACUCUAGCUGGGAAACUGUGGACUGAAAGUAAUUUCAAUAGCCGAGCCUUCAAGAGCACAAUGCUAAACGCAUGGAAGCUGAAGCACACAGUGGAAGUUCAAGAUCUAAACAAAAAUCUUUUCAUCUUCAAGUUCAGCUCAAAGAGAGACAUGGAAUACGUACUGAAAACUGGACCCUGGAGCUUUGACAGAGCCCUUCUUGUCCUAAAACGCAUCUCAGGUGAAGAACAACCCUCUGACCUUGACCUGCACUUCAGCUCCUUCUGGGUUAGAAUUUACGAUCUUCCCCUUAUACUCAGAUCUGAAACUAUGGCUAGAAAAUUGGGAAAUAUCAUAGGCACCUUUGAAGAGAUGGACGUUAGAGAAGCCCACAGGAAUGGUAGGUUCAUGCGUCUAAAAGUCAAUAUGGAUUUGAAGGAACCUUUGAAGCACGGCACAAUUGUAUCCUUUAAAGACAAGAAGAUUAGGGUCCAUUUCAAAUAUGAAAGGCUACCCAUUUUCUGUUUCAUAUGUGGGAGAAUGGGUCACCAGAUUAAGGACUGUGAAGCGGUGGAAGAACUCAAUGAUGAGGGCUUUGAAGAUAUCGAAGAACAGGAUCUAGCCUUUGGUCAAUGGUUGAGGGCUUCUCCAUUGCCGAAACUCACCGACGAAUUCAAAAAGCGUGAAUCAAGUUCUAGCUUAUGCAGUAGGGAACUUUUCAACGCGUCAUCUAGCCAGAGUCAAUGUGAAGCAAAAGGAAAAGACAAGGGAGAGGACCUAGAAGUUCAUCAAACACAACCAUCUCCAAAUCAACAAAGUAGCGGUCACAAGGGAGAAAAGGACGCCUCCAAAAACAACGUGGAUGUGGAAACAGUGGCAGAAACUCUGGGUGCAGUCAUGCUGUCUACCAAUAAACAUUCACCUAACGAAGCUCCAAAGGCUGGAGAAGAGCAACUAAGGAAGUGGACACGCAGAAAACCGACAAAGCAAUCUAAGGUCAAUUCCGGGAAAGCUUCUAAACCCAAGAUUGGGAAACGCCAAUUGGUGGAUGUAAUGAUAACAGAGGGACCCUUGGAUGAAUAUGUUAACGGAGACAAAAAAAGGAAGCAGGCCGAGGUAGAAGGUAAUCACCAAAGACUUGAAACAGAGGUGGUGUUGGACGACCAACACCGCCUACACCAAUGA